AUGGCUACCGAAAUCGAGCCGGCGGAGAUCCCUCCUGUGCUGGGAGUCCUCCCAGCAUACGGACAGGAUAGAGAAACCCACCUGAAGAUGGUUCCACGUGCCGAUGGUGCUCGCGCUCGGUUAGAUCCGAACGUCACCCUCGAGGAGUACAUGUACUGGGCCAAUAUUGAGCGUCAGCUGGAAGAGGAGGAGAACCGUCAGUACGUGCUGGAGCGUGGGCCUCUGACCGUCGGCAAGGUCAUCCAGAACCGUUUCUCCAAGGGCGUCCACCAUGACCGUGAGAAGAAAGGUGCCCAGAAUAGCCCGCAGAUUGAUGGUGAAAAGGGCAUGGUCGCAUCUACGCCCUCGGACUCGUCCCUGGCUGUUAGCGAUGAGGAAUGGAGAAAUGCGUCUCGCGCCCUCCGAACAGCCGGUUGGGGUACCAUCUUCUAUCUGAUCACCACCGACGUACUGGGCUGGGCAAACGCACCGUUUGUCUUUGCAAGUGUGGGAUACGGUCCUGCCGUGGCUUUGUUCAUUGUUUUUGGUUGCUUCGCUGGCUUCAGUGGCUGGAUUCUGUGGAGGGUGUUUCUAGAGCUCGACUCGACGCGCUAUCCCUUGAUCAACUUUGGUGACACCUACUAUCGUGUUUUUGGAGCGUGGAGUCGUCAUUUGGUUAACAUCGGACAGUCGCUGCAGCUGCUGAUGUCGGUGUCCGUGCUGGUUCUGGGAAACGGCCAAAUCCUGGCACAGCUGACCAAUGAGAGUAUUUGUUUCGUAGCUUGCAUGAUCAUUAUGAUGGUUAUCGGCAUGGUCUGUGGAAGCAUUCGGUCCUUGCAACGUCUCGGAUGGCUGACCAACGCCGCCGUCUGGUUGAACAUCGCGGAUUUCAUCAUGAUCAUGGUCGCGGCUGGUGGCAAGUUUGGAAUCGACUACAGUGCCGUCACACAGUCCUCCUUGAUCAAAGCCAUAGAGCCUGUCAAGGUCUUUGCGGGACCUCCCCCAAACCAGUACCAGAUUCAGGCCACUGGGUUUUCGGGACAGUUCACUGGUGUUGACCAGAUGGUUUACAGUUAUGGUGGCGCUAUUUUGUUCAUCUCCUUCCUGGCUGAGAUGCGCCGUCCGUGGGACUUUUGGAAGGGGUUGCUGUGUGCCCAAUUGUUCAUCUGUUUGGUCUACAUUUUCUUCGGUGCUUUUGUCUACAGCUUCUACGGUCAAUACUCCAUCUCCAACAUCUACAACGUUGUCGAGCCCAAAGGUCUACAAGAGGCAGUUAAUAUAGUCUACUUUUUGACCACUAUAAUCGCUUGCAGUACGGUUCCUCGUUUCUCAUUCUUUACAAGAAAACCUCCGCUGACCAACUUAGUUCUGUACUUCAAUAUCGGCAUGAAAUCUGUCUACCAGCAAAUCUUCAUGGAAAUUUUCAACUGCCCCGACAUCUCCACUAAACGCGGCCGCUUGCUGUGGUACGGCCUCGGCCCAAUUUACUGGAUCAUCGCCUUUGUGAUCGCCGCUGCCGUUCCCAACCUGAGUGGAAUUUCCAGUAUGGUCGGCGCGGCCCUAAUUCUCAACUUCACUUAUACCCUCCCGGGUGUUCUAUACGUUGGAUUCCGGUGCCAGAAGGACGCCGCACUUCCGGGCGAAGGGUAUGACCCUGCGUCUGGUGUAACAACGCGCCAUGAUUCGGGCAUGCAGCGAUACGUUCGUGGUUUCAAGAAGCACUGGAUGGUGAAUUGUUUCUGUAUCUUCUAUUUCUGCGGUGGAUUGGCAUGCUCCGGUAUGGGCAUGUGGGCUGCUAUUACCGGUUUGAUCGAGGAGUUCGGACCCGGUGGUACAGUGGCUACGUCGUUUGGGUGUGCUGCACCUGUUUAA